GGACCCGUGUUUGCCCUUCAGAAACCCUUCAGCAACAUUUCCCUAGGAAGUGACCAGGAGAACUGAGAAGCCCAAUUCUCUGUCAGGGUGGUGAUCUUAAUGCCUCAGCAGAAUGGCGGAAGGUGCCGAUGGAGAGGAAGAGAUUCAGUUUUUGCGGACAGAUGAUCACGUGGUUCUGCAGUGCACGGCCUCCAUUCUGAAAGAGCAGAUCAAACUCUGCCUUUCAUGCGAAGGAUUUGGGAAUCGUCUCUGUUUCCUGGAGACUACAUCUAAUGCUCAGAAUGUCCCACCCGACCUGGCCAUCUGCUGCUUCAUACUGGAGCAGUCCUUAUCUGUACGGGCGCUACAGGAGAUGCUGUCCAACACUUCUGUGGAUGAGGCUGUUGAUUUGGAUAAAUGGUCGUCACAAGGUGGGGGUCAUCGAACUCUGCUAUACGGACAUGCAAUCCUCUUGAAACACACUCAUUCGAGCAUGUACUUGAGCUGUUUGACGACGUCACGCUCACUCACAGAUAAGCUGGCGUUUGAUGUGGGCUUGCAGGAGGACUCCACAGGAGAGGCCUGCUGGUGGACCAUCCAUCCAGCCUCCAAGCAAAGAUCUGAAGGCGAGAAGGUCAGAGUGGGAGAUGACCUCAUUCUUGUCAGUGUUUCAUCAGAGCGAUAUCUGCAUUUGUCCUAUGCCAGCGGUGACUUGAUGGUCGAUGCUUCCUUCAUGCAAACGUUGUGGACUAUGACCCCUGUGAUGUCGGGUUGUGAACUAGCUGAAGGUUUUCUGACAGGAGGGUAUGUGCUCAGACUUUUCCACGGUCACAUGGAUGAGUGUUUGGCAAUUCCAGCGGCUGACCAAGGGGAUGACCAGCGCAGAGUUGCUCACUAUGAAGGAGGAGCUGUAUGCAGUCAUGCUCGCUCCUUGUGGCGACUUGAGCCACUGCGCAUCGCGUGGAGUGGCGGUCACAUUAAAUGGGGCCAGUCAUUCAGAAUACGUCACAUCACAACAGGAAGGUACCUUCUCCUGGAUGAGGAAAAGGGCCUUCUAUUGGUUGACCCUGAGAAGGCCAAUUCAAAAAUGGCAGCCUUCUGCUUCAGAAUUUCCAAGGAAAAAAUCGAAGUCACUCAGAAGCGGGAUGUUGAAGGAAUGGGCAUUCCAGAGAUUAAGUAUGGAGAGUCCAUGUGCUUUGUGCAACAUGCCUCAUCUGGUCUCUGGCUCACAUAUGCAGCUGUGGAUGCCAAAUCUGCCCGUUUAGGUCCACUGAAGAGAAAGGCCAUUCUCCAUAAAGAAGGUCACAUGGAUGAUGCACUUACAGUUGCACGCUCUCAGACUGAAGAGUCUCAAGCGGCUAGAAUGAUUUACAGCACGACAGGCCUCUUCAACCAAUUCAUCAAAGGUCUAGAUGCCCUGAAUGGAAAAAACAAAUCUGCAAAUCCACCAAAUCUGCCAAUGGACACAGUGGUACUCUCACUUCAGGACCUGAUUUUUUACUUCCGCCCACCGGAGGAAGAGCUGGAGCACGAGGACAAACAGUUCAAGCUUCGUUCCCUCAAGAACAGACAAAACCUUUUUCAAGAGGAGGGGAUGAUCACCCUCGUUCUGGACUGUGUUGAUCGAUUGAAUGUCUACAACACAGCUGCUCACUUCUCAGAAUACGCUGGGGAAGAAGCUGCAGAGUCGUGGAAGGAGAUAGUAAAUUUACUGUACGAGUUGCUAGCUUCUCUCAUCCGAGGUAAUCGUUCAAACUGUGCUCUGUUCUGCGAUAACCUUGACUGGCUGGUCAGUAAAUUGGAUCGUUUGGAGGCAUCUUCCGGUAUCCUGGAGGUGUUGUAUUGUGUUCUUAUUGAGAGCCCAGAGGUGCUGAACAUCAUCCAGGAGAAUCACAUCAAAUCCAUCAUCUCUUUACUGGAUAAACAUGGACGCAAUCACAAGGUCUUGGAUGUGCUCUGCUCUCUAUGUGUGUGCAACGGUGUGGCCGUAAGGUCAAACCAGAACCUGAUUACAGAGAACCUGCUUCCUGGUCGUGACCUCUUACUUCAAACCAACAUUAUUAAUUAUGUCACCAGCAUGAGACCCAACAUUUUCCUAGGGACAUGCGAAGGUUCCACACAGUAUAAAAAGUGGUAUUUUGAGGUCAUGGUGGAUCACGUGGAGCCAUUCCUCACUGCUCAGCCAUAUCACCUGCGUGUGGGCUGGGCUCUGACUGAGGGAUACAGUCCAUACCCUGGUGGAGGGGAGGGCUGGGGGUGCAACGGUGUCGGUGAUGACCUCUACUCAUACGGUUUUGAUGGGCUUCACCUCUGGUCAGGGCGUGUUCCACGUCAUGUUGCCACACCUAAUCAGCACAUUCUGGCAGCAGAUGAUGUUAUCAGCUGCUGUUUGGACCUUAAUGUGCCAAGCAUUUCCUUCCGUAUCAAUGGUCAUCCUGUCCAAGGCAUGUUUGAGAACUUCAAUCUAGAUGGCCUCUUCUUCCCUGUUGUCAGCUUCUCCGCAGGCGUGAAGUUCCGAUUUCUUCUUGGAGGGCGUCAUGGUGAUUUCAAGUUCCUUCCACCACCGGGCUACGCUCCGUGUUAUGAGGCUGUGCUGCCUAGGGAUCGUUUGCGGAUCGAGCCCAUUAAAGAGUAUAAGCAUGACUUUGAUGGUAUCCGUAACCUGUUGGGUCCAACACAGUCCCUGUCGCACACAGCCUUCACUCCUUGCCCUGUGGACACUAUACAGAUUGUACUUCCUCCCCAUUUGGAGCGUAUUCGUGAGAAGCUAGCAGAGAAUAGUCAUGAGUUAUGGGCUGUGACCCGCAUUGAGCAAGGGUGGACCUAUGGACCAUUUCGUGAUGACAACAAGAAGCUGCACCCUUGCCUGGUUGACUUCCAGAGUCUGCCAGAACCUGAGAAAAACUAUAACUUAGCAAUGUCAGGAGAGACUCUCAAGACUCUGUUGGCACUAGGGUGUCAUGUAGGAAUGGGAGACGAGAAAGCAGAGGAGAAUCUGAAAAAAAACAAGCUUCCAAAAACUUACAUGCAGAGCAGUGGAUAUAAGCCCGCUCCGCUGGACCUCAAUCAUGUCAAGUUGACUCCUAAUCAGAACACUCUUGUGGAGAGACUGGCGGAAAAUGGACACAAUGUCUGGGCCAGAGACCGGGUUCGCCAGGGUUGGACAUAUAGUAUUGUGCAGGAUAUUAUGAACAAGCGCAAUCCUCGUCUAGUCCCUUACAACCUACUGGAUGAAAAGACCAAAAAGACGAACCGAGAUACAGUUUGUGCAGCAGUUCGAACCCUAAUUGGCUAUGGUUACAACAUUGAACCACCUGACCAGGAGAGCUGUGGACCUGGAGCUGGCAGCACUCGGGGAGAUAAGAUCAGAGUGUUCAGAGCAGAGAAGUCUUACGGUGUCAUGCAGGGGAAGUGGUACUUUGAAUUUGAGGCUGUGACAGUCGGCGAGAUGAGGGUGGGCUGGGCCCGACCCAGCGUUCGAGCCGACACAGAACUUGGUGCAGAUGAGUUGGCUUACGUCUUCAAUGGCUUCAAGGCUCAACGAUGGCAUGUGGGAAAUGAGUCAUUUGGUCGACAGUGGCAGUCUGGUGACGUGGUGGGUUGCAUGAUUGAUCUCACAGAGAUGAACAUCAUGUUCACACUGAAUGGAGAGAUGUUAAUCAGUGACUCAGGCUCUGAAUUGGCCUUUAAGGACAUUGAUAUAGGAGAAGGAUUCAUACCUGUAUGCAGUCUUGGCCUGUCCCAGGUGGGCCGGAUCAACUUGGGUCAGAAUGUCAGCAGCCUCCGCUACUUCACCAUAUGUGGGCUGCAGGAGGGAUUCGAACCUUUUGCUAUCAACAUGAAAAGAGACAUCACAAUGUGGUUUAGCAAGAGCCUCCCUCAGUACAUUGCUGUACCAACUGAUCAUCCUCACAUAGAGGUGUCUCGUGUUGAUGGGACAGUGGAAACUGCUCCUUGUCUCAAGGUGACCCACAAGACAUUUGGAUCCCAAAAUGCCAACACAGAUUUGCUGUUCUUAAGGCUCAGCAUGCCAGUCGAAUUCCAUGAGACUUUCAAAGUCCCCGCGGGGACCACCCUCCUCACUCGCACCCUCACCAUCCCUGAAGAUGAGGUUGUGGAAGUGGACCCGGAUUCUGACUUUGAAAUACUCAAGAAGUCAGCCACUCGCAAAGAGCAGGAGGAAGAGAAGAAAGAACCUUCAGUGCCUAAAGAGAUACCUGCCAUCAAAAAUGGAGAGAAUGAGAAGGACGCCUCAACUGAGAAGAGCAAAAAAAAAGGAUUCCUUUUCAAGGCCAAGAAGGCUGCCUUAAUAACUCCACCACCUGUUGUUCCCACUAUGCCACGCUUAGUGGAAGACGUGGUGCCAGAUGACAGGGAUGACAUGGAUAUAAUCCUGAACACCACCACAUACUACUAUUCCGUGCGAGUGUUUGCGGGCCAGGAACCAAGCUGCGUGUGGGUGGGUUGGAUCACCCCUGACUAUCACCAGUAUGAUCCUCAUUUUGACCUCAACAAAGUCAGGAACGUAACAGUCACUGUAGGUGAUGAUAAAGGCAAUAUCCAUGAUAGUAUAAAACGCAGUAACUGUUACAUGGUAUGGGGAGGUGAGUUCAGCAGCUCGCAGCAGACCCGAGUGAGCCAGGAAGACUUUAUUAUUGGCUGCCUUAUUGAUCUGGACACAGGACUCAUGACCUUUACUGCUAAUGGAAAAGAGAUCAACACAUUCUACCAGGUGGAGCCCAACACAAAACUAUUCCCAGCAGUCUUCGUUCUUCCUUCUAGUCAGAAUAUGAUUCAAAUUGAUCUUUGUAAACUCAAGAACAUUAUGCCCAUCUCAGCCGCCAUGUUCCGGAGUGAACGCAAGAACCCGGUGCCCCAGUGCCCUCCCAGACUGGAUGUCCAAAUGUUAACCCCUGUUAUCUGGAGCCGCAUGCCCAACCACUUCCUGGCUCCAGAGACAGGACGCAUUAGCGAGAGACUGGGCUGGCUUGUUCAGUGUCAGGAGCCACUCACCAUGAUGGCCCUCCAUAUUCCAGACGAGAACAGGUGCAUUGACAUUCUGGAGCUUUCAGAACGAAUGGAUCUGCUGAAGUUCCACUAUCACACUCUGAAGUUGUACGGCUCAGUGUGCGCCCUGGGGAACAACCGUGUGGCUCACUCUCUGUGCAGCCAUGUGGAUGAAUCGCAGCUCUUCUACGCUAUAGAGAACACCUACCUUCCUGGACCAAUGAGGAGUGGCUUCUAUGACCUUCUCAUCAGCAUGCACCUCGAGUCUGCAAAGAGGAACCGACUGGGAACCAACAAGGAAUUCAUAGUUCCGAUGUCAGAUGAAACACGCGGUAUCACCUUGUACUCUGUCAAGUCACAUGCGUUACCCGGCGUUGGACUUACCACAUGCUUGCGUCCCAAACUCCAUUUUUCAUCCACUGGAUUUGUUGGGACAGAUCCAGACAUCUACACACUAAGUCCAUCAGUCCCCUUACAGGUGCUUAAGACCAAAGCGCUAACCAUGCUCAUUGAGGCUGUCCAAGACGGAGGUCAAGCCAUGAGAGACCCUGUAGGCGGUAGUGUUGAGUUCCACUUUGUUCCGAUUCUGAAGCUCAUCAGUACUCUCCUCAUUAUGGGCGUGUUUGACGAUGAAGAUGUCACCCACAUCCUGAAGAUGAUUGAGCCGACGGUCUUCAGUGGCAAGAAGCCAGAGGAGCCUGUUGAGGAGGUUGCUAAAGUAAGGGAAGAGAAGGAACCUAAAGCACAGACACCUCAAGUGGAGAAUGACGAGGAGCAGGAAAAUGAGCUGGAAGAAGAAGAGGAGGAGUUUGAUGAUGAUGGCCUUGGAGAAGAGGAGGAGGAAGAGUUGGAGGAAGAAGAACAAGAAUUGGAGGUGGCAGAAUCCAUCAUUCCACAACAAGAUAUGUCUGAUGAGCCUGAGCCAGUAAAUGGAGAGAAAGGAGCAGAAGAAACAGAGAAAGAGAUCAAAUCUUGCGGGGCCAGUGGUGAGGCUAAAGAAGAAUAUUUAGACCAAGGGCUGUUCCAGAUGAAACUACCUGAGUCUGUCAAAUUACAGAUGUGCACUCUACUGCAAUAUUUCUGUGAUUGCGAACUUCGUCACAGGGUAGAAGCCAUCAUUGCCUUUUCAGACAAGCUAGUCAGCCAGAUACAAUCCAACCAGAGGCAGCGGUACAAUGAACUCAUGUUGGCCUUCACCAUGAGUGCUGCAGAGACUGCACGCAAGACCCGUGAAUUCCGCUCCCCACCACAAGAGCAGGUCAACAUGCUCAUGAACUUCAAGAACUGUGCAGAAGAUGAGGAUUGCCCAGUUCCAGAUGAAGUCCGUGAGGCUCUGCAAGCGUUUCACAAUACACUGCUGGGACAUUGUGGUGUUCAUAUUGAGGAGGAGGAGGAAGAAGAAGUAGUGGAUUAUUCUGUGCGUGGACGACUGCUCCGUUUACUGGAAAGGGUGAAAAAGAUCCGCCAGAAGAAGGUAGAGGAGGAGCCUGAGCCAGAGGAAGAUAAGAAACCAAGCACAUUGCAAGAACUAAUUUCCCAUUCCACGAUACAUUGGGCCCAAGAGUCCUUUAUCCAGAACCCGGAGCUUGUUCGUAUGAUGUUCAGCCUCCUCCACAGGCAAUAUGACGGGCUGGGGGAGCUUGUACGUGCCCUUCCUAAGGCCUACACCAUCAAUGCAGUUUCUAUUCAGGACACUAUGGAUCUGCUCGAAUGCUUAGGACAGAUACGCUCCCUGCUUAUUGUCCAGAUGGGUCCAGAAGAGGAGAGGCUCAUGAUUCAAAGCAUUGGGAAUAUUAUGAGCAACAAAGUUUUCUAUCAGCACCCAAACUUGAUGAGAGCUCUGGGCAUGCAUGAAACUGUCAUGGAGGUCAUGGUUAAUGUUCUAGGUGGUGGAGACUCUAAGGAGAUCAGAUUUCCCCGAGUGGUGACAAACUGCUGUCGCUUUCUUUGCUAUUUCUGUCGCAUCAGCCGUCAGAACCAGCGCUCUAUGUUUGAUCAUCUCAGCUAUCUGCUGCAGAACAGCGGCAUUGGCCUCGGCAUGCGGGGCUCCACCCCCUUGGAUGUGGCGGCAGCCUCCUGUAUUGAUAACAACGAGCUGGCAUUGGCUCUGCAAGAACAAGACCUAGAAAUGGUGGUGAAGUAUCUGGCUGGAUGUGGGCUACAGAGCUGUCCAAUGCUGCUCUCCAAAGGCUACCCUGACAUUGGUUGGAAUCCAUGUGGUGGAGAGAAAUACCUUGAUUUUCUUCGUUUUGCUGUAUUUGUUAAUGGAGAGAGCGUGGAGGAGAAUGCCAACGUAGUGGUGCGCCUCCUCAUCCGUAGGCCUGAAUGUUUUGGUCCAGCCCUCAGAGGGGAAGGUGGUAAUGGUCUCCUGGCUGCUAUUGAAGAGGCCAUUAAAAUAUCAGAGGAUCCUGCGAGGGAUGGUCCGAGUGUUAAGAAAGACAGACGCUUUCCCAUGUUUGGAGGAGAGGAGCAGCAUGAAGAGAACAGGGUGCACCUGGGCAACGCCGUCAUGUCAUUCUACUCAGCACUUAUUGACUUGUUGGGACGUUGUGCACCAGAAAUGCAUCUGAUCCAGGCUGGAAAGGGUGAGGCUCUGAGGAUUCGAGCCAUCCUUAGGUCUCUGGUCCCUCUUGAGGAUUUGGUUGGAGUCAUCAGCCUUCCGGUUCAAAUUCCUUCUUUUGGAAAAGACAACAGCAUCAUAGAACCAAAGAUGUCAGCUAGUUUUGUGCCAGACCACAAAGCUCCAAUGGUUCUGUUCCUGGACAGAGUGUAUGGUAUUGAUAAUCAGGAUUUCCUUCUCCAUGUGCUGGAGGUGGGCUUCCUGCCUGACAUGAGGGCUGCUGCCUCUCUUGACACGGCAGCCUUCAGUACCACCGAGAUGGCCCUUGCUUUGAAUCGUUACCUGUGCUCUGCGGUGCUACCACUCAUCACGAAGUGCGCCCCACUCUUUGCUGGCAGUGAUCACCGAGCCAUUAUGAUCGAUUCCAUGUUGCACACAAUCUACCGGCUGUCUCGCGGACGAGCCUUCACAAAGGCCCAAAGAGACAUCAUUGAGGAAUGCCUUAUGGCUUUGUGCAAGCAUCUUCGUCCAUCCAUGCUUCAGCAUCUGCUACGACGGCUGGUUUUUGAUGUUCCCAUUCUCAAUGAGUUUGCCAAAAUGCCGCUCAAACUGUUAACUAACCACUACGAGCGUUGCUGGAAGUAUUACUGCCUCCCUAAUGGCUGGGCCAACUUUGGAGUUGCAUCAGAAGAAGAGCUGCACCUGACUCGCAAGCUUUUCUGGGGCAUAUUUGAAUCCCUUGCACACAAGAAAUUUGAUGCAGAGAUUUUCAAAAUCUCAAUGCCAUGCAUCUGCGCCAUUGCCGGUGCCAUUCCCCCGGACUAUGUAGAUGCCAGCUAUUCUUCUAAGACUGAAAAGAAGGCAUCAGUUGAUGCGGAGGGAAACUUUGAUCCAAAACCAGUAGAGACCACAAACACAAUUAUCCCUGAAAGACUGGAUGCCUUUAUCAACAAAUAUGCUGAAUAUACACAUGAUAAAUGGGCCUUUGAAAAGAUCCAGAAUAACUGGUCCUAUGGUGAGGUCCUGGAUGAAAAUGCAAAAACUCAUCCUAUGCUUAGACCGUACAAGACGUUCUCAGAAAAGGACAAGGAGAUCUACCGCUGGCCCAUCAAAGAAUCAGUCAAAGCGAUGCUAGCUUGGGAGUGGACAAUAGACAAAGCGAGAGAGGAGGAAGAGUCAGAGAAGAAAAAGGCAGCGUCACGGAAGAUUUCGCAGACGGCUCAGGCAACCUACGACCCAAGUCAUGGUUACAGUCCACAGCCCAUUGACAUCACUCACAUGGCUCUCUCAAGAGACCUGCAGUCUAUGGCUGAGCAGCUGGCAGAGAAUUACCAUAACACUUGGGGCAGAAAGAAAAAGAUGGAACUACAAGCUAAAGGAGGUGGAACGCAUCCUCUUCUGGUUCCAUACGACACCCUGACAGCAAAAGAAAAGGCUCGAGACCGAGAGAAAGCCCAUGAAUUACUAAAGUUCCUACAGCUGAAUGGAUAUGCUGUCACAAGGGGCCUAAAAGAUAUGGAAUCAGACAUUUCCUCCAUUGAGAAAAGAUUUGCUUAUGGCUUCCUGCAGAAACUGUUGAAGUGGAUGGAAAUUGCCCAAGAGUUUAUUGCUCAUCUUGAGGCAGUAGUAAGCAGUGGACGAGUGGAAAAGUCUCCCCAUGAACAGGAAAUCAAGUUCUUUGCAAAGAUCCUGAUGCCUCUGAUCAACCAGUAUUUCAAAAACCACUGCCUCUACUUUUUGUCCACGCCUGCAAAAGUCCUGGGUAGUGGUGGCCAUUCAUCCAAUAAGGAGAAGGAGAUGAUUGCAAGUAUCUUCUGUAAAAUGUCUGCUCUGGUGAGACACAGAGUUUCUCUCUUUGGUACGGACGCAUCAGCCAUUGUUAACUGCCUUCAUAUUCUGGCCCGGUCAUUGGAUGCAAGGACUGUUAUGAAGUCCGGUCCAGAGAUUGUUAAAGCAGGGUUGCGCUCAUUUUUUGAGAGUGCUGCUGAUGAUAUUGAAAAGAUGGUGGAAAACCUUAAACUGGGCAAAGUCUCUAAAGGCAAUCAGCAAGUCAAAGGCGUGUCCCAGAACAUUAAUUACACCACCAUUGCCUUGCUUCCAGUCCUCACUUCCCUAUUUGAUCACAUUGCCCAGCAUCUAUUUGGAGAUGAUGUUAUGUUGGAUGACCUGCAGAUGUCAUGCUAUCGCAUCAUGUGUAGUAUCUACUCCCUCGGGACCGUCAAGAAUCCACACGUUGAGAGACAGAGGCCAGCUCUUGGAGAGUGUUUGGCUCACCUGGCAGCAGCUAUGCCAGUGGCCUACUUGGAGCCUCAUCUUAAUGAAUUUAACGCGUUCUCUGUGUAUACCACAAAAACCCCAAGAGAAAGAGCCAUACUGGGCCUCCCUAAUGAAGUUCAGGAGCUAUGUCCAGAUAUCCCAGAGCUAGAUUCUCUUCUGAAGGAGAUCGGGGGCUUGGCAGAGUCAGGCGCUCGCUAUACAGAGAUGCCUCAUGUGAUUGAGAUCACUUUGCCCAUGCUGUGCAACUACCUGCCUCGCUGGUGGGAACGAGGACUCGAGAACUUCCCCGAGAUGGAAUGCCAGAUCUGCACUGCAGUCACAUCAGAACACCUCAAUCAGUUGCUGGGCAGCAUCAUGAAAAUUGUAGUCAACAACCUGGGAAUAGACGAGGCCUCCUGGAUGAAAAGGUUGGCUGUGUUUUCACAGCCCAUUGUGAGCAGGGCGAAACCAGAGAUGCUCAAAUCCCAUUUUAUCCCGACAAUGGAGAAGCUGAAAAAGCGUACGUCGAAGGUGGUGGCCGAGGAAGAUCAUCUGCGAAUGGAGGGCAAAUCAGAAGGUGACGAGGAAGACGGAACCAUACGGGAUGAGUUUGCCGUCCUCUGCCGAGACCUGUAUGCUCUGUACCCGCUACUUAUCCGCUAUGUGGACAACAACAGAGCAAGGUGGCUUACCUGUCCAGACCCAGAUGCUGAGGAGCUCUUCCGCAUGGUUGGAGAGGUCUUCAUAUUCUGGUCUAAAUCUCAUAACUUCAAGCGGGAGGAGCAGAACUUUGUGGUGAUGAAUGAGAUCAAUAACAUGUCAUUCCUCACUGCUGACAGCAAGAGCAAAAUGAGUAAGGGUGGGGGCUCAGAUGCGGAGCGUACCAAGAAGAAAAAACGAGGAGACCGCUACUCAGUGCAGACUUCGCUCAUUGUGGCCGCUUUGAAGAAGAUGCUCCCCAUUGGCCUUAACAUGUGCUCCCCUGCCGACCAGGAGCUCAUCAACUUGGCCAAGAUUCGAUACUCUUUGAGAGAUACAGAUGAAGAAGUGAGAGAGUUCCUGCAGAAUAAUCUCCACCUGCAGGGAAAGGUCGACAAUCCGUCCAUGCGCUGGCAGAUGGCCCUCUACAAGGAAAUGGCGGGAAAGGCAGAGGACGCUGAUGCACCAGAGAAAGUUGUCAAGAGAGUGCAGGAGGUUUCCGCCGUCCUCUACCACCUUGAAGUGACAGAGCACCCAUUUAAAUCCAAGAAGAUGGUGUGGCAUAAAUUGUUGUCUAAGCAGAGACGCAGGGCUGUUGUUGCAUGCUUCAGAAUGACACCACUAUACAACAUCCCGAGGCACAGAGCUUCCAACAUGUUCCUUGAGGGAUACAAGCGCAACUGGCUUCACACCGAGGGUUAUGCAUUUGAAGACAGAAUGAUAGAUGACUUGUCUAAAGCAAUGGAGCAAGAAGAAGGAGACGAAGAGGAGGAGAAAGAAUCAAAGCCGGAUCCUCUCCACCAGCUUAUUCUGCAUUUCAGUCGCACUGCUCUCACAGAAAAGAGUAAACUAGACACAGAUCAUCUUUAUAUGGCAUAUGCAGAUAUUAUGGCUAAAAGUUGCCAUAUUGGCGAGGAAGAAGAAGGGGGAGAGGAAAUGGUGGAAGAGGCUGAGGAUGAGAUGUCCUUUGAGGUGCGACAGUCAGAACUGGAGAAAGAAAUGGAGAAACAAAGACUCCUUUACCAGCAGUCCAGGCUUCACAAUCGUGGAGCUGCAGAAAUGGUCCUCCAGAUGAUCAGCGCAUGCAAAGGCGAGACAGGCCCUAUGGUGUCUACAACCCUCAAACUGGGUAUUUCCAUUCUUAAUGGUGGAAAUAGUGAGGUUCAACGGAAAAUGCUGGAGUAUCUGAGGGAUAAAAAGGAUGUUGGGUUCUUUCUGAGUGUCCAAGCCUUGAUGCAAACAUGCAGUGUCCUGGAUCUGAAUGCUUUUGAGAGGCAGAACAAGGCAGAAGGGCUGGGCAUGGUCUCAGAGGAGGGCACCAAGUUGAGCCCAGAUCGGGAUGAGAAGGUCAUGGCAGAUGACGAGUUCACCUGUGACCUCUUCCGCUUCUUGCAGCUGUUGUGCGAGGGUCACAAUAACGACUUUCAGAACUACUUAAGGACGCAGAUAGGAAGCACGACAACAAUUAACAUCAUCAUCUGUACAGUCGAUUACCUGCUCAGACUGCAGGAAUCAAUCAGUGACUUCUACUGGUAUUACUCUGGUAAAGAUAUAAUCGAUGAGCCAGGAAAAAAAAAUUUCUCCAAAGCAAUGACAGUCGCGAAACAGAUUUUUAACAGUCUGACUGAAUAUAUUCAGGGCCCGUGCACGGGUAACCAGCAGUCUCUGGCCCACAGCAGGCUGUGGGAUGCUAUUGUGGGCUUUCUCCACGUCUUUGCUCACAUGAUGAUGAAGCUGGCUCAGGAUUCAAGUCAAAUUGGUCUGCUGAAGGAGCUUCUGGACCUUCAGAAAGACAUGGUGGUCAUGUUGCUCUCGCUGUUAGAGGGGAAUGUGGUGAAUGGCACCAUCGCCCGUCAGAUGGUGGACAUGUUAGUGGAGUCAUCCAGCAAUGUGGAGAUGAUCCUAAAAUUCUUUGACAUGUUUCUCAAACUGAAAGACAUUGUGUCAUCCGAUGCCUUCCAAGAUUACAUCACAGACCCUCGAGGACUUAUCUCCAAGAAGGACUUCCAGAAGGCCAUGGACAGCCAGAAGCAGUACACCCCUUCGGAGAUCCAGUUCCUUUUGUCUUGCUCGGAGGCCGAUGAAAACGAUAUGAUCAACUACGAGGAGUAUGCCAGUCGCUUCCAGGAACCCGCCAAGGACAUCGGCUUCAACAUCGCCGUGCUGCUCACCAACCUGUCUGAGCACGUUCCUCACGACACCCGACUGAAGAACUUCUUGGAACAAGCUGAGAGCGUGCUCAAUUACUUCCGCCCCUUCCUGGGCCGUAUUGAGAUUAUGGGUGCCAGUCGGAAGAUUGAGCGUAUCUACUUUGAGAUCAGCGAGGUCAACCGCAGACAGUGGGAGAUGCCUCAGGUCCGAGAGUCCAAGCGACAGUUCAUCUUUGAUGUCGUCAAUGAGGGCGGCGAGUCCGAGAAGAUGGAGAUGUUUGUCAACUUCUGUGAGGAUACCAUCUUUGAGAUGAAUAUUGCCUCACAAAUUUCCGAGCAGGAAGAAGAGGAAAAGGGCGAGGAGGAUGACGAGAUGGAAGAAGCUGCAGUUGAGGGAGGACCACGAGAAGCCAUCGGAGCAGGGGAAGAGGACACUAAUGGAGAGGAGGGGCCACCCGAGUCCAGCUCGGCCUUUGCAGACUUCAUAAACAGCAUUUUGAACUUCUUCAGCAUUUUCACCUUCCGAAAUCUCCGCCGGCAAUAUCGGCGAGUGAGAAAGAUGACCUUGAAAGAGAUUGUUGUUGCCCUCUCCACCUUCUUCUGGACCAUUCUGAUGAGCAUCCUGCAUUUCUUCUACAAUGUGUGCAAAGGCUUCUUUAUGAUAAUCUGGCAUGCCCUGUUUGGAGGCGGCUUAGUGGAGGGAGCUAAAAAUAUCACCGUAACAGAGAUUUUGGCAAGCAUGCCGGAUCCAACGCAGGAUGACGUGCACGGCGAUGGACCAGGGGAACCUGGGAUGGGAGAGGAGCAAGACACAGGCGGGGUUACAGACACUGGAGAGACUGGAAGUGGGGAAGAGGAGGAGGAGGAUAACCAGGAGAAGGAAGGGGGAAGGGUACCUGGUAUCGAUGCCCCUGGUGGACUUGGUGACAUGGGGGUCGAGGCCCCGGUUGAGCCGCCAACACCUGAAGGGACACCUAUAACAAAGAGGAAAAUGCAGCCAGAAGAGGCAGAUGGCUUGCAGAAGCCUCCAGAACCACCACCUGCUGAAGAAACUCCCCCGGAACCAGAAAAGGCCGAUGUUGAAACUGGAGAGAAAACAGAAAAAGAAUCUGAGAGUCAUGCAAAACCGGAAGCUGAUAGACCGAAGAAAUCUCCAGUGAAGAAAGAAAAGAAGCCCAAGAAGGGAGGGGGAUUCCAAAUCUGGACCGAGCUAGAAACGCAGAGAAAUAAAUUCAUGAACUACCUUUCCAGAAACUUCUACAACCUGCGAUUUCUGGCUCUCUUCCUCGCUUUUGCACUGAACUUCAUUCUACUCUUCUACAAGGUGUCUGACAGCCCGCCUGAGGGUGAAGACAUGGAAGGUUCCGGGCUGGCAGAGGGAAGCGGUUUCUUUGAAGGGUCCGGUCUAUUUGAUGGUUCUGGAGAUGAGGCUGACGGUUCUGGAAUGAGCGACGGGGAUGAGGAUGAGGAAGAUGUGCCACUGUAUUUCUAUUUAGAGGAGAGCACCGGUUACAUGCAGCCCACACUGUCCUUCAUCGCCAUUCUGCACACCGUCAUCUCCUUCAUCUGCAUCAUUGGCUACAACUGCCUCAAAAUUCCACUGGUGAUCUUCAAACGGGAGAAAGAACUUGCAAGAAAGCUGGAGUUUGACGGCCUCUACAUUACAGAGCAGCCGGAAGAUGAAGACAUCAAGGGCCAGUGGGAUCGACUGGUCCUAAAUACGCCCUCUUUCCCGAAUAAUUACUGGGAUAAAUUUGUCAAACGGAAGGUUUUAGAUAAAUACGGUGACAUUUAUGGCCGAGAAAGAAUCGCUGAACUGCUGGGUGUCGACUUGGCGUCCUUGGAUGUGAGUCAGCAGCACGAAAAGAAACAAGAGGAAUCAGACAACGCAAUAUUUGCGUGGGCUACUGCCAUAGACAUCAAGUACCAGAUAUGGAAGUUUGGAGUUGUAUUCACAGAUGGCACCUUCCUUUACCUAUGUUGGUACAUGAUUAUGUCCCUGCUCGGCCACUACAACAACUUCUUCUUCGCAUGCCACCUGCUGGACAUCGCCAUGGGUGUCAAGACCCUGCGUACCAUUCUGUCCUCAGUGACACACAAUGGAAAACAGUUGAUGAUGACAGUGGGCCUGCUGGCGGUUGUGGUGUACUUAUACACCGUGGUGGCCUUCAACUUCUUCCGCAAGUUUUACAACAAGAGUGAAGACGAGGAUGAACCUGAUAUGAAAUGUGACGACAUGAUGACCUGCUAUCUGUUCCACAUGUAUGUGGGCGUGCGCGCUGGCGGAGGCAUCGGGGAUGAGAUUGAGGAUCCCGCCGGAGACGAAUAUGAGUUAUACCGAGUGGUCUUUGACAUAACUUUCUUCUUCUUUGUCAUUGUCAUCCUGCUGGCCAUCAUCCAGGGUUUGAUCAUUGAUGCAUUUGGAGAGCUCAGAGAUCAACAAGAGCAGGUUAAAGAAGACAUGGAAACAAAAUGCUUCAUAUGUGGCAUUGGGAGUGAUUACUUUGAUACAACACCACAUGGAUUUGAGACUCACACACUGGAUGAGCACAACCUGGCCAAUUACAUGUUCUUCUUAAUGUAUCUUAUCAACAAAGAUGAGACUGAGCACACUGGACAGGAGUCAUAUGUGUGGAAGAUGUACCAGGAGCGUUGCUGGGACUUCUUUCCCGCUGGAGACUGUUUCCGAAAACAAUAUGAAGAUCAGCUGUCUUAGUCUUGAAGAACAAUGCAACACUUUAAGAACUGCUUUUAUUAUUUGGGAUUAUUUUGACAGAGAAAUGCCAUACUGGACGAACAUACAGUACAGCAAGUAAAACAGUCAUGUGAGACACUCCCCUGAUGUUUUUUUCCGCCAUCAGUGUAUGAAGGAAGAAAUUAAGCAAUUUUAUUUGUAUUAUGCCUUAAUAAGAACCCAAAUUUUGAACAUCAGAUUUGCAGUCGGUAAAUUGUUAUUUUUUUUCAAGUCCAUUCAUCAUGUUCAUCUAUUAUUUAUUGGUUUGAAUAUGUUUUUUCUCUGUAGUUUUGUUUUGAUCUAAUGUUUUCAAAUGGUGAUCAAUGUAGUCAUGUGAUCUUGUCACCUUUGGCUUUGUGUACUCAAAUGUGGCUUCAUAUCAGCAACUCAUCUGCACUGGUACAGUAAUCAGUAACAGCAUAAUAAAAAUAGCACUUUUUA